UCAGAGCGCCGUAGCUUUGGCGCUGUCCACACGAGAGCAGGUUCUGAAACGCGCCGUGAGCUCGUGCAGUGUUUGCGCGGUAAGGACGGAGGCUCGACCACUGCUUCUCACCGCCGGAGCGCUCACACGGGAAGAACAUCCGAUGCGACGAGACAGACAAAUUACACUACCGUAUCAGCCAUCUGAGACUUUCCGUGGAUUUUUACGCACGCACUGAGUGGUUCAAAACUUGAUAAAGCCUGUUUUCUUCUUCAGGACAUUUCUUGGACAUUUUUUCAAGUUCAAAUUCUUCGCGCAAUGGCUAUUUUUUAUUUUCUAUUUAACUUUGGCAAACAUUUUGAUUCGGGGUUCAUACCAUGUACUUUUUAAUCUCACAUGUCCACUGUCGUACGUCUAUUGUUUGGGGAUCUUCGUACCGUCGGAGUUAUCUGCAUUUUUUUCUAAAAAAGAGAGUCCGAGGGCGCGCUUUGGGCGAUUAGAAGAUCAAGAUGCAAGGAAAUCGCGUUCACGUGAAGAUACGUUGAACAUGAAGUAAAUGUUUUGGUUUGUCGGAAACCUCACCAGGAUUUUACAGAUCCCUGGUAGAGACGCGCUCUGACAGUGCGAACCUCAGUCACAGUUCACGGGUCACGGUCAGUGGAGCGAGGAUGUCAAGAUAGAGCUUGGAAACGAGACUUCUACAUUUUUAUCUAAAGCUUAAGACUGUUCGGACUAAUAUUCAAAUUUGUACAUAUCGCCGGGACUUUUCUUGAAAUUCAAUUUUUAUGAAUCCUCACUGAUGUCUGAGUUGGUUCACUCUGGAUGUUGGGCCGCAGAAGCAGUUGUGUGACCCCGCAGGGUUGUACCCUGACCGCGCAUUUACAUUUUUGUUGAUUAAUUAAUGAUGAAUCAGAUAAAUGGUUAUUUAUGAAGUAUCUCUUUUCCUUUACCCCGCGAGAAUCACAAAAACUAUUUACGUAUAUUCUUCUACUCUUGACCUUAGGCCUUAGGGUCUUCAGGUCCAAUUGUUUAUUUUCCAACCAAAGUUUCCUUGGACUUCCACACAGCUGAAACUGUUUAAGAGAAACAUUUCCGAGCAGAACGGACAGAAUACAUACGCACAAACCUUUAAAAGAGCAAGAAGAGGACAUUAUAAGCUUUUUGGUGGCUUUUCACGGGAAGGCCUGUCCUACUGACCGAUGGAAAUCCACUGCAAACACGACCCGUUCGCAGCGAUGCACAGGCAUGGAGGGGUGAAUCAGCUGGGUGGGGUGUUUGUAAACGGGCGGCCCUUGCCUGAUGUGGUGAGGCAGAGGAUAGUAGAGUUGGCCCAUCAAGGCGUACGUCCGUGUGACAUCUCCCGCCAGCUCCGGGUCAGCCACGGCUGCGUCAGCAAGAUACUGGGCAGGUACUAUGAGACAGGUAGCAUCAGACCAGGGGUGAUCGGAGGCUCCAAACCAAAGGUUGCUACACCCAAAGUCGUCGACAAAAUCGCUGAUUACAAACGCCAAAACCCCACCAUGUUUGCCUGGGAGAUCCGAGACAGACUGCUGGCAGAGAGAGUGUGUGACAAUGACAGCGUGCCCAGCGUCAGCUCAAUCAACAGGAUCAUUCGCACUAAAGUUCAGCAACCACCUGGCCAAUCAGGAGCUGUCUCUGCCCAUAACUUAGCCUCUACUGUGGCAGUGACCCAGGUAUCUGCAGUAACCAGUGAUGCUGCAGGCUCCUCCUACUCCAUCAGUGGAAUUCUGGGAAUUAGCUCACCUGCCGACGCAAGCAAACGGAAGAGAGAUGAAUCUCUACAGGAUUCUCCUUUGGCGAAUGGCCACGCCCACUCAGGGCGGGACUUCCUGCGGAAGCAGAUGCGAGGAGAGCUCUUUACACCACAGCAGCUCGAGGUAUUGGACCAUGUCUUUGAUCGACAGCCAUAUCCCGACAUUUACCCCGUCCCUGACAGCAGCAUCUACAAGCCCGCCCAGACAUCUGAUUACUCGGCUAUGGCGUCUUUGGCUGGCGGACUGGAGGAGAUGAAGAACAGCUUGGUCAAUCAGACGGGAGCAGAACUGGGUUCCUCUGUUGCAGGGCCUCAAUCAUAUCCACUUGUGUCUGGUCGCGACCUGGCCAGCACCACGCUCCCUGGUUACCCUCCUCAUGUUCCUCCAACUGGGCAGGGUAGUUACUCCACACCCUCCCUCACAGGGAUGGUACCUGGAGGAGAUUUCUCUGGCAGUCCUUAUUCCCAUCCACAGUAUUCAACAUACAACGAGUCUUGGAGAUUUGCAAACCCCAGUCUACUAGUGUUCCAGCAGGAGUACGGUUCUUUACUUGGCUCGGAGAGAGCAGCUUCAUCGGGUCUAUUCCCUGGCCAAACCCCACAACCUACAGGAUCUCCAUACUACUAUAGCGCAGCCACACGGGGAGCAGGAGCGGCUGCCACAGCAACUGCCACUGCCUAUGACCGCCACUGACCAUGACCGCCACUGACCAGCCGGACAGAGGAGAGGAGGAAUGAUGGAGGAGCGGACGAAACAAAAAGAAAGAGGAGCGAGAACGGAUUGAUAGCAGCCACACAAGACUGUCUACAUAUGGAAGAAAAGAAAUGAAGGAGGAGCAGGAAGGAGAAAGAAGAAAGAAAGAAGAGGUGACAAUGUUUUCCUGCCGAUUACAAUCAAUGGUCCAAUCAGUAGCUUCAGCUGAUGUUUCUUAUUUCUGUUGAUUAGUGGAAAGUAUACACCCAUUCACCUGUAUUCCUGUGGUCUCGGCUCACACUAAAUCUGUUAUUGCUUUGAUUUAUCUUCUGUCAUUAAAGCCUUGCUUAUCCUAUCGUCUUUGCAUCUCUAUGCAGUCUGUUCUUAGAGAUGAUCAGGUGUUGGGAGUUGGUACCAGACAAUCUACUAGUGGCAGCUUGAGAUGACCUACAUGAUUUGAGUUCAUUUCUGAGUCAUUUUAUCAAAUGUGUGAAUGUGGCGUCAUAAUCUGUGGCAGACUUAUUGUUUCGGAGAGAACCCAACGUAUCAAGUGAACGGAGAUUUAAUAGAGUUGGACAGAUAACUCAGGUCGGAAUAUUGGCAUUAUUUACAUUAAAAUUAGCCAGCGUGAAGGACAGACCCAUUUCACUUUUGAUCAUGGGAUGCUUCCACUUGAAAAUGUAGCAUAAAUACGGUAGAGCUAGGAGAGAAUAUACUGGAAGAUGCUGAAAUCAGAUGCACAAGAAUACUUGAGCCCUCUGUUGUAAUCUAGGAACCAUUUAGACAUAAUGGACUCCUUAUAAACCGAAUUACACGGAAAAUGAACUGUUUUGUGAUUCGGUCAUUGUGUAAUAUGUUGGAAAAUUGCAGCAUGAUUUAAAUGUUUAAGCACUGUCGUUAUGAAUGAGAGCAUCAGUAUUUUAAAGACUCCUCUCCUUCCUCUAUGUAGAUAAAUACUAUUUACGUAUGUACAGAAUACCCUUAUUCAACUGUACAUUAGUAAGAUUUAUAGCUAUUUAUGAUGGAGAGUAAUAUAUAUAAUUGUGUGUAAAAGUUUACUGCGGACAAAUGCUACAAUGCUACUGCUAGCUAAAGAUGUUGCCGUUGAAUACGUAGCUGGUUCUCUUUUUAAACCCCUGAUGUUUCAUUCCAAUCACAAUUAAGUUGCAAUUAAAAGAGCUUGCUGGUAUUGAAGCACUGACAACCUUUUGUGAAGUCGCUCCGUUUUAGAAGGGGAAAACCAUUAGCGAUGCUACUUCCCCUGACAGGAAGUGAUGUCAUACUGUCUGUCACUUCAAACCGUUUCCUUAGCCUCCCCAAAGAUACUCUUCAGUAGUGCAAAUAGACACUCUUAAAAGCACAAAGUGACAAAUCUGUUAUCCAGAAAUGGCUUCUUUUUUUUUUUUUUCCUCUCUGAGUGCAUUUGUUUUUGAUUAUUCCCUUCAUCCAUACUGCGCCAAGACAAUGCAUGAGACCAAGGUGGAGGCCUUACCAAACUCUCUAUGUAGCAACAUCAUGCUGUACAUCCUUCCUGUUUGUCUGUCUGAGAUAUCCUGUACAUCUAUCACUUACAAUGACAAGAGCUUUUGAUAUCAUUAUUGACUGAUAUAUUGAUAUCUAACUUUAGAAUCUAGUAGACGAGAAAAGACAAAAAGUGUGCUUUAUUUAGCUAUUGUCUGUGAUGAGUGUUCCCAGUUCUUAAUUUUCUUGCUUUUUUUUUAAUACACUGUGCAUUGCUGAGUAGCUUUCGAAAAAGGAGAACACUGUAGUUUUAGUAGUGAGUCACAAGCACCAAAACUUUGAUGUGAAAUAAGAAAAAAAAUGACAAACCUAUGAAUAUAUAUAUAUAUAUAUAUAUAUAUAUAUAUAUAUAGAAGUUGAUAGUUUUUAUGUUUUUAUGUUGUUGCUCUGGAUUGUAAAGUAGUAAUAGGAUUACAUUUGUUUGUAGACCAUAAGUUGCACGUUACGCAACUCUAAAGAAACCCUUGAUGCCGUUCACCACUAAUGACUACUGGUGAACUUUGACCUUUUAAACUUUUAGUCAGAGGCAUUAUGAACCUGAAGUACACCAGCUGAAAUCAAGGACAGUGCCUUUAUUUUUCUACCGAGUCAUCCAGAAUGACCACGCGUCACUAAAUAGCAAAAUUGUCUGCAUGACAUAACGAGAUCACAGCUUGACCAACCAAUCAAUGAACAGAUGCCACUACCCAUCAUUUUAGCAGCGUUUUUUUACAUGUUAAUUUUACAAUCUAAUUAAAACCCAGCAAACAAAAUGGAGGCAAAAUAUGAAACUAGCUUACUUAACUUAACAUCAAGUUAGAAACAAUUAUCCGUUAUAAAACAUUGAUCUAUUAUUUACAAUAUAAAUCAGAUUUAUUAUGAUUCAAUGAAAGAUUUUAUCAAAAUUCACAUAUUUUGAGACUCAACCGUUGUCCCCCCCCCCCCCCUAUAAUUCCAUUCUCUUAAAGGGAAAGUUCACCCAAUUAUAUGAACCCUCUGUCAUCAUUUACUGAACCUCAUGUCAUUCCAAAUGGUUUCAUUGGGCCACAAUGACUCUGAUUGUAUGGACAAUAACACAGGGACAAUACAUUUUUCAAAAUGAUGUCUUUUGUGUUUCAAAGACGAAAAAAAUGCAUACAGGUUUGGUACAUUAUGAGGGUGAUUUUGGGUGAACUAUUCCUUCAAGCACUGAGAAUGAAUAUUAGAUUAACUGUGAAGGGAUUGUCUUGUCAUUUAUAUAUAUAGACGUUCUGGGUGUUCCUGUUGGAUUAAAGUAGAGAUACAAAUGAAAUAGACACGCAGUCCUUUUGUCCUUUGUCAGGUCGUGAAUAUGCCACACCUCUCCAUUGAUAUGAUCAAAACCUGCUGCACCAGCAAAAUCAAACACGCCUUUCUCUUUUCCCAUCCCCUCUUAUUUCAAUUUCUUAUUUCCACCCCCACCACCAUUUAACUCCAUUUGCCUCUCUGGUGCAACUUUAAUCUGAUCAGAUCUUCCUAACACCUUCCUCCAAUGCCAUCAGGAUUAGAAAUUCUACAAGUUGGCCAUUGAUCACCUUUGUGAAAAUUCCCCAUUUUCUCUGGGAUGAUUACAGUUGGCAUAUUUCCUAUUAUAUACAGUAUAUAUAUAUAGGAAAUAUACCAAUUUUAUAAUUAUUAUUUAAAAAGCACCUCACAAUAUUAGCAGUUAGUUAUAUAUGCAUCCAUGUUUUCCUUUGCACAUUUCAGUUUAAAAACAUGUAUUUUAAGUUAUAAACAACAUGCAUAAAAAAUAAAAUAAAAUCUUGGUUUAGAUCACUGGCAGACAAGUUCAAUUAAUUAGUACUAUUUUUCUCAUUCUCUCUUAUUCACCGAAAAAAGUGGCAAAAUAAAUACCCGGCUUUCAAUUAUACCUUAAAACAAAGUCAUUUACUCUGUAAAUAUGGCUUAGUAAUGACUCCAUAUUUAAAAUAUUUCCAAAGUAAAGGCUGAGCAUCAUAAUUGAUACACAUUCAUCCAGCGAACAACCCCCAAUUUAUUGUUAGCGUCCCACUGUUUUCAUCAGUUCAAAUCAAGAAUAUGUGAGACAAAUACUAUUUGACUUCACUUCAUUUUCCAAAUAAGCAAAUUUGGUUUACAAUUCUAAAACAGGAAUAUAUUAUUAAGUAAUGUAUUGAUUCCAAAAGCGGUAUGUCCACAUCAACAUUAAAGGUUUCCCAAUUUAAAAAGCAGACUUUAAAAAAAUAAAAAAUAAAUAAAAACAGAGGACUUGGUUAUCACCUUAUCGUGGCCUUCUGUGUACAAUCGGAAGCUCCUUCUGUAAUUACUUGCUUUCCCAAGGGGUUCAUAAGUAUUUUUUACUCAGUUUUUGAAGUAAAGAUUAAAGAUUUUAAGAAAGCUUGAAACGUUUUGACAAAUUUGAUAACAGCAAUCAGUUCAAUUCAAAGGAAAAAGAAAAAGUCAGACCAAUAACAUAUCUGUAGCAUCCACCAAAGUUAGAGAUGCUUGGUUUAAAAGUAUUUUCUGGUGAUCAUUUCAAAAAUAUUCAAAUUAUGAAAUAACCAACAUGACAGAAAGAUGAAGGCAACAGAUGUUUGUAGCGAGUAAAUGAAUGAACUGCUUCUUUAAGAAAUGUGUAUGUUUUUUAUUGAAUUUUCUAGUAGUAAAAAAAUCUUGGUGUUUUUCUCUGCGUGUCGUGUGUUGUCUUAAUAUUUGAAUGUAUUUACUGCAGAACAAAAUUUGCCAAAGAUAUCAUGCCACUUGAUUUCAAUCUUUUUGGUUCUUCAUGACUUAUUUCUUCAUUUUAUUCAAAUCUGCCCACAAGCUGGAAAUAAAUGUGAUUUAAUAUUGAUUUUCUAAUGGAAUUAAACUGUUAUUGUUAUAUUAUUAUUGUUAUUAUUUUUAUGAUGAUGAUGAUUUUUGUUUGUUUGUUUUACUGUCGUUCAGGGUUAUUCAAUUGUCUGGCAUUCCUCCUAAUCCCUGAUACAGGGUCAUAGGCUACUCUGUGUAUGUGCAUAUGAGUGAAUGUUGUUUGUGUAUUAUCAAUUCACGUAUGUUGUAAUGUGAAACUAAGAAGUAAUUAUUUGUAAAUAUUGGCCAUAAUUUUAUUGGUUCAUCAGAAUAAAAGUAAUUUUUUAAGUUCA